AUGGAGAAUGGUGAAAACCUAAGUUCAUUCUAUACUUUAGACAAUGCUCAAGAGAAGAGUAUCUCUCAUGUCCCUCAAAAUUUUGUAAUUCCAAACAUGCAUAGACCAAAUUUGGAAACAAAAUAUGCUAAUCUUGCUGUUGUUGAUAUGGCUGCUCUUAAGAAUGGCUCAGCAUCAAGGUCUCGUGUUAUUCAAGAAAUUCGAGAUUCAUGUCGUCGUUUAGGUUUCUUUCAAGUUGUGAACCAUGGUGUGAGUGAAUCAGUGCUAGAGGAGGCUUUAUCAGUGGCAUCCAAAUUUUUUGAUUUGCCGACAAAAGAGAAAGUGAAUUUGAUGUCAAAUGAUGUUUACAAGCCAGUAAGAUAUUGCACAAGCAUUAAAGAUGGAGUUGAUAAAGUUCAGUUUUGGAGGGUUUUUCUCAAACACUAUGCUAACCCCUUAAAGGAUUGGAUUCAUAUGUGGCCAGAAAAUCCAUCAGAUUACAGGGAAAAGAUGGGAAGAUAUUGCCAAGAAGUGAAGAAAGUGGGCUUAGAGUUAAUAUCAACAAUAAUUGAAAGUCUUGAAAUAAAUCCAUCAUAUCUAACAAAAAAGCUUGAAGAUGGAAUGCAAGUGAUUGCAGUGAAUUGCUAUCCACCAUGUCCACAACCAGAUAUUGCAUUAGGCCUCCCACCACACUCUGACUAUAGUUGCCUUACCAUUCUAUACCAAAGUUGUGAAGGACUACAAAUAAUGGAUUUUGAGGACAAAACUUGGAAAGCAAUACCACACAUUCCUGGUGCACUUCAAGUGCAUGUAGGUGACCAUUUUGAGGUAUUAAGCAAUGGUUUGUACAAGAGUGUUGUCCAUAGGGCUACCCUUAAUAGGGACAAAACAAGAAUCUCUAUUACUAGUUUAUUCAGUUUGGGAAUGGAUGAUAAAAUGGAGACUGCUAAAGAGCUUGUGGAUGAUCAAAACCCUAAGAAAUAUAGGGAAAGUAGCUUUAAAGAUUUUCUUGACUUUCUGGCUACUAAUGAUAUUUCUGAAGGGAAGAGCUUCAUUGAUAUCCUCAAGAUCAAUAACGACAACCACUACUAA